CUCAAACGAGGCGUGUUCGUGGGAGCCUCAGAGCUCUGUUUGGUUCUCAUUUUCACACAAUGGUUAACAAAAAGAUUAAACUGGACUUGGAGGCCUUCUCCUGCCCGAUCUGUCAGGAUCUAAUGAAGGAUCCAGUAACUAUUGCCUGUGGACACAGCUACUGCAGGAGAUGUAUUAAAACCCACUGGGAUGAAGAGGAUCAGAGGAGAAUCUACAGCUGUCCCCAGUGCAGGAAGAACUUCAUACCGAGGCCAGACGUGGUGACAAACAUCAUGUUUGUGGAGUUAGUGGAGGAGCUGAGGAAGACUGACCAGCAUGCUGCUCCAGCUGGAGCUGAAGAUGUGUCCUGUGACGUCUGCUCUGUCAGGAAACUGAAAGCUGUCAAGUCCUGUCUGAACUGUUUGGCCUCUUAUUGUGAAAAACACCUCCGACCUCACCAUGAAGCUCCACCAUUACAGAAACACCAGCUGGUGGAGCCCUCCAAGAAGCUCCAGGAGAACAUCUGUCCUCGUCAUGAUGAGGUGAUGAAGAUCUUCUGUCGUACUGAUCAGCAGUGUAUCUGUUAUCUCUGCUUAAUGGACCAGCAUAAAGAACAUGAAACUGUCUCAGCUGCAGCAGAAAGAGCUGAGAAGCAGAAGGAGCUGGAGCAGAUCCGACAACAAAUCCAGCAGAGAAUCCAGGAGCGAGAGAAAGAUGUGAAGCUGCUCCAACAGGAGGUGGAGGCCAUCAAUGUCUCUGCAGAUAAAACAGAGGAGGACAGUGAGAAGAUCUUCACUCAGCUGAUCCGUCUCAUCCAGAAAAGAAGCUCUGAUGUGAAGCAGCAGCUCAGAUCCCAGCAGGAAACUGAAGUGAGUCGAGUCAAAGAGCUUCAGGAGAAGCUGGAGCAGGAGAAGACUGAGCUGAAGAGGAAAGACAGCCAGCUGGAGCAGCUCUCACACACAGAGGAUCACAACCAGUUUCUCCACAACUACCCCUCAGUGUCAGCACUCAGUGAGUCUCCACACUCAUCCAGCAUCAAGACUCGUCCUCUCAGCUACUUUGAGGACGUGACGGCAGCUGUGGACCAGCUCAGAAUCAAGAUACAGGACGUCCUGAGGGACACCUGGACAAACGUCUCACUGAGA